AUGAUAUCACACGACGCGUUCGAUCCGCGUCACGCUUCCGCCUCCUCUGCUGCCGUCGCGCCGGUCCCCGCCGUCGCGCUGCCUCUCUCCACUCUGGCGAUGGAGUCGCCGUUCCUGGCGUCGCCUCCACUUGCCUGGGCCCGAUCUACUGCGUCGGGAUCACAACCUCCCGCGCCACAGCGAUCGCCCGCCAUGCUGCCGCCGCCUCAGUCGCCUGCUGCGCUUCCGAUCGCGGCCACCCCGAUCCAGUCGCGGGGCGCGCCUCCACCACCGGCCUCCUACGGCGCCAAUGGGCAGCCGGCCUACGGUGGUCCUCCAGCCCCGGCCCCGUACCACGAUGCGCUGCUGGCCUCGGGGCCCUAUGGCGCUCCCAUCCAGGCGCCGUACGGCGGCCCGUACCCGGCGCCCUACCUCGCGCCAUCGGCUGCGUCGUAUGCGCCGUAUGCUGCUCCCGCCCCGACGUCCUACGCCGCUGCCCAGAUGUACGCCGCUCCUCCUGCGCUCCCGUAUGGUGCGCACUCCUCGGCGGCUUAUGGCCAUCAUCAACAACCAUCGGCCGAUGCACUAAUCCCAUAUAGUGCUGUCCUGCCGCCUGGUCCGCCGCCUGAUCUGCCGCUCUCCGCGCCGAUGGCCGAACCAGGGCCUUUUCACUUCGCCAUCUAG